UAGUUGGUGACUUAUGGAUAUAAAAUGCUUUAAUAACUUCAAACCAGCGCUCUUUCGUGUCUUCCAAACAACGUUCCUAUUUACUCGAAGUUUUUUACAUUACACUAAAACCUUUGAAUACGUGUGAAACAGAUGAUAAUACAAGUAUUUACAGAGGAAGGCCACAGUCACUCGAGGGUGCUUUUUAAGAGGGUCCGCUAUUUAACUUAUUGUAUCGAUUUACUAAAAACAUAACAUUUAAAAAGAAUAGUUCAUUAUAAAAUGGGAUAAAAUCAGUUCACAUUGUCCAAAAGCUUUUUUUUAAAUAUUAAAGGUAUAAAGAUACGGUACUUUGUGUGAAAUUCUGUCUUUAUCAAACACUUUAAGUUAUAGAUAUCUAAUAAUAGGAAACUCCUUGUUUUUCAACAAGCCCUGAGCGAAAAGAAAUUUCUAGCCACUGUUUGGGUUAUUGUUUUCAUUUCCUUUUUGCUGUUAACAUUUUGUGUUCACCUUAUUGAAUUCCGCUCAUUGAAGCGUUAAACGUAAUGUGUUUGUAUUGUUCAAUCAUAUCGUGUUUCCACUAUCGAUGCCUUCUGCUAGUCCUAAGCAGUGCUCAGAAUACGUUGCCUUGGAAUCUACGCCUCCCUUAUCUAAGUGAAUCAACUUCAACGGUGGUAUGAGGUAGGAUCAUUUACGGUAUUCUGCUUGUCCAGCUUGAAGAUUAUAUUCUUUCAUUCACUAAGCCUCUUGUGAUUAAUUUUACUUCAGUCAAUAAAGCCAAUUUUGCAAAAACGCCAGGGGUUCAUGCAUCUUUGUAUUCGGCAUGUUGGCGCAUAACUACAUACAGUCCUGGCUUCACUCAUAGUAUCCGGGCUCGUGUUUUUGUUUACUAGAAACCUAUUUAUCUGUAUCGGCAUCUCCUUGGGGUGUGACGUAAGGAGCAGACAGAUGAAGAGGCGAGCGGAGGAAGAUCUGUAAGUUGUUAUCCUUAUUUUCGAGACAGUUUAUAAACAAAACAGGUUCAUUUAAAUAGUUGUGAUGUUCUGUUUAUAAGCUGGCCUAGCCUUACGUUCUGUUGCCGAAAUCAAAAGUGUUGAUGAGUAUGCUAAGUUCGGUUUUUGCAUUUUCAAGCAGCGAAUUAUUGUUUUCUUGAAUCGUUUUCUUACGCCCGUUUCCUUGUCAUCUUUAGGAGAGGAGCAUGAGACUGCAAGCGAUUUUAUAGAAAAUUUCCAAUAGCACUUUCGUCUCCGUAUAUUCUCUUUGCAAAUCCCCUAUUUCUGACUUCUGGAAGGGCAGAUCAUUUUCAAACAGAACGUCCUUCAUCAUCAAUCUUUCCUGAUAUAUCUACGUUAUGAUUGUUUAGCGAUUAUUUAUAUCCCUAAAUAUUAUUACUUAUCGAAUAUUAUAUAAAUUUCAGCAGGUCCCGUGCUACUUCUUAUAACACUCAUAAAGCAAAUACCACUUCAGUUAGUGCCUUUUAUUUGCUGCGUUUCACGAUGGAGAGAUUCUAUGGUCGAUGACGUCACGCAUUAGAGUUUUAUCAAAUAAAGAAAUUUAUCGAAAUAUAGAUCAUUAAGAUUUCCUGUUGAAAAUUAUGAAGUGGAUUUUGAAUCUUAGGGUUUUUCAAUAGGUUUAGCGCAACAAAAGCCACCACCAACCACAUUUUAGCUAUUAAUAGAACUGUUUUGUACGAAGAAUGAGAACGUGCUGGUUUCUGUUGCCAUCGUUCAUUUAAAUCGCAAUUUCAAUGGAUCUGCAAUGUGGGCAGCAUAUGUUAGCUGACGUAACGUUUCUUUGGAUUUUAUAUAAUGCUGCAAGUAGAGUGGGUGGGAGUGAAAGAUGUAAAUUGCCUGGUAAUUGGCGUUUUAUGGGGGGGGGGGCAACUGUUUUUUAGGUAUUUGUUAUGCUUGAAUAGGAACCCAUCUAGUUUUAAAAAUCUCUUCCACAAAUAUCAGGAUAUUGCUUAAAUUGUUUUUGAUUGGUUCUCUGCUCGGUGUCUGUCAGAUCUAUCUUGUAUAAGCACAUAAUUGUGGGAGGGAGAUGUGGAAAAGUGGUAAGACACCACCUCAAUCUUUGAGCUUGUCGAAAUAUUUGAUACAAUAGCUGUAGCCCCCUCACUUUUUGGUAAAAUAUGGUCUUAAUUGUGGCUUGAAGGAUAACGGCGAGAAAACUAACAUAAACGUUUGCUUGUUUGUCUAGAGCCCCCUCACCCCAAAAUGCGUUCUGGGGUCCCUGCAUAUGAGUCAAUUUAAGUCCAGGCUCAAUCUAUAGGUUGCAUGUUUAUAAUUUUUAGAUUCGUAGGGGGCCAAGAAAGCCUCCCGUUAAGAUACUUGUUUUUUGUAGGGAUGUAAAUAGGGUGUACUUGAAUACCAUAGCAUGCCCCUUUUGUUUGCGUUAUCUCUUCCCACUGGAAACUACUUAUCAUUAGAGCGACCAUGUAGAUUUUGCUUUGGUAAAUUUUCUAAUGUUUAUCCGAAAUCAUAUCUGCCCUUGUUUUGGGAAAUUUGUGUCAUUAUCUUCAAUAUCUGAAUAUACCAUGCAACGAUGAAUAAAGAUCUGUAAGAAAUCUGUGAGCUUAGAUUGAACGAAAUGCGUUAUCAGAUAGCAAAACAAGGAAAUCCAGUAGGCAUGAGUGAGGAUAAAAAGGAAUUCGCAAUAUCAAAUUGAUAAACAGAACCUCUAACUUUUAGAGAAACGAUAUAGUGAAUGAAAUUCGACAAAUCUUCAAUGGCUGUAUAGGAUACAAACAGGAAAGUGACAAGGAAUGUGACUUUAACGCUUUUCUUAGAUAAAUUCAAGUGGCGAUUUUUACACCUUAAAGAGUGAAGAACAGGUAUCGAAAUCAGCUAAUCAUCUGGAAAUGAGUUCAAAUGAUUCUUCACUGAAUGUUCUUUGUGAAUCUUUCUUCACAAACAUGCGGACCAGAUAUCAUUAUUAUAUGUCUCAAAACCAUAUAAUCCAUUACCACAUUAAUGCCUAUAUGAACUGCAUCUUAGUGAUUCCCACAGCGUUUCUCAAUUUCUCUGUAAUCGUCGUGUUGUGGAAGACUAAAGCAUUGAGGGCUCUGUCAAACAUACCCAUUAUUUUUCUGGCUGGCUGGGAUUUGCUCACUGCUGUUUUAAGUCAACCUAUCUUUGCUGCCUACCUUCUUUACAUAACUAAGUUAAAAUUCUCAUGCGCUCUUAUGGGUGCUGUAAAGUAUGUAUCUGCUAUAGUGGCUAUGACGUCAUCAUUCAUCGUGGUUGUCAUAACAACAGAGAGGUACCUUGCUUUGUUCCAUGUCUUUUUUUGGAGCGGGCACAUAACGCGAAAAAUGCUUUUCAUCCCUCUGUCAUUAAUCUGGGUGAUACCGUUUGUCCUUUGCAUUGUCAUGUACGAAGUGAAGCCAAUCGCGGGUAUAGCUAUCUAUACGUUUCUUAUCCUCUUAGCAAUACUAUGGAUUUCAGUAAGCUACUUUAAGAUGUUCAAACUUAUACGUAAAAUGCAGCUGCGUGUUAUGCCGCGGGAUAACGGGAAUCAAUCGGAGAACGAUAUCCGCAGCAAACAAGCAAGACUAUCUAGAUUUACCUUCGCGAUCGUGUGCCUUUACCUUGUAAUGAACAUUCCAUAUUGUGUAUCAGUGAUACUGUUAUCCACCGUGUUUAAAGAUGAUUAUUAUACCGACGCUGUUAAAUGGUACUUUGCUACCUGGCUGAUGUGUAAUUCCCUUUUAAAUCCGAUUGUGUACGCAUGGCAAAGUCCUCAGAUUGGUCGAGGCUUGCUUCGUUUGUGGAGAAUGCGAAAAGUAUACGCUGGCAGAUCGGUGACUUAUGACAAGAACGAUGCAAGCAAAUACAAAACAGACCCCGUAUGAUAUUUCCCCGCGUGUUAUAUCUAUGUAUAAAUUUAGCACAUAUUUUUACGUGGACAGCAGAGCGUGUUAUGGACGGAGGAUGGUUACUGCGGAGUGUUUGAUAUAGUAGGAGCUAGAGUAAAAAUACUUCAUUGAAAGUUUCAGGAACAUGGGAAUGCGUGCUGAAGCCCCCGCAGCUCCCCGAAACCCUUUUCUGCAGCCCCAUAUUCUUCGAAUAUCAAGGCCGCGUAGUAAAAUAUUUAACUGGUAUACUAUCAUCCAAGCAUUAGUUUAUCGUAAUUAGUCGACUUACAGUGUUGACAACGAAAAAGGCUGUAUCAUCACAGUAUAUAUAAAACUUAUUUACUGUCUGCGGGUGAAAUGGUUUGUGAGACCCAAACAACAGAUGGAACUCGACCACUUCAAUCUAUCAUUUUGUGAUUAUUUUUUCGGUAGAAGCUAAGCCGAUAUCCAGGGCUUGCCAUAAGAGAACUUUCCUAAAUCCUGCCUCGCAUUUGAAGAAGGCAGAGUAUCACUGACCAAGACUGAAAAAGAAUAAUUCUUUUUAAUAUUUUCAUCAGGCCCUGCGCCAAGACGUGCAUUCCCUCAUCGUUUGACGAAUCACCUUGCAACGUUUGGACGUAAUUACUGGGUUGGGUACCUUUCAGUAUGUAUAAAAAGCAUUGUGAGACAGCUUUACAACAGCCGCAUGUCCUUCCUCUUUUUUCGCCUGGGCUGGGUCUGUGUUUUAUGUCGUCAGCGUAACGAUACUUGCCCUUUGAGUACAUUUGGCUCUUCACUGAAGUCUAUCAUAAGUCUAUCGUAAAGUGAGCGAUAAACAGUAGCCUUUGACUAAGACAUGUGAGCAAAGAUUUGCCAUUAUUUCUUUGAAGUUGAUAUUCAGCAUUAAAACUGACGGAAUCAAUUAUUUGACUGAUAAACAAAAUUUCAAUCAAUUAUUACAGCAUUCAAUAAUGUACUAUUUAUUGCAAUAAUAUUAUUUCUAAAUAUUGAAGGUAUCACAAAACAUAAAGCAACUUGAUAAUACUUUGUUCUUCUA